CAUGACGCUGUUCCUGUUUAUGAUCACAGCAGGAAGUCCUGACUGAGGGAGGAAGAGGAGGAGGAGGAAGAAGAGGAAGAUCACCAUCAUCAUCAUCAUCAUCACAGGAGGAGGACCAGAACCAGCUACAAGGUAGGAACCCUCCAGACCUGGUCCCAGGAGGACUCAGAGCCAGGAGGAGCGGCUCUGCCAUGGGAGAGUCUCAGUCCAGGGCAGCGAUGCUCCACCAUCAGGACCAGCCUCUGCACUUCGGAGGCUCCGGCGGCUCCUCGUCUUCGCUCCGGAACAGGAAGGCCGACAAAGACGGAAACUUCAACUUCCUGCCGGGAAAAGAUGACGACGGCUUGGCGGGAACCGGAGACGAGAACCGGAACCAGGUGCGUCCCCGGAGCCUGGGCCCGCUGGGUCGCGACCCUCCGAGCUCCUCGCCGUCCUCCGGCUUCCACCACGGCUCCGGCCUGCUGUCGCCUCGGUCCCGCCUGCCCUGCUGGAGCCCUCUGGAGCCGCUGCCCGAGAUCGAGAGCGGAGACGACGGCUACGGACGGGUUCCUCCGGACGGCGCCGAGGAGCGCAGGAUGGAGGAGGAGGAGGGCCGGGCCGGGAUGGGCCUCGCUGAGGAGAAGCUGAAGAAGGAGCAGCAGAGGAGGAGGAGCUUCAGGAGGCAGCAGGACGACCUGGAGGACCAGGAGUGGGCCGACAGCGAGUCCGAGUCCGAGUUCAGCUUCCGGUCCGGAGGCAGCAUGUCCGACCUCAACAUGGAGAGCGGCGGCGAGGGGAUGCUGAUGGGAGGCUGGGACCGCAUCGGAGUGGGAGAACCGAGGACCAACCAGCAGGACGGAGAUCCCAACAGCAACAUGGAGCCCAGGAGGAGGAGCUGCAGCCGGGGGAACCAGCCGGGAGGCGGCCUGGACCACGUCCUGGAGGAGGACGACCGCUCCUCCGACUCGGAUGGCGAGCUGCCGGAGCUGAUGGACGCCGUGUGGACGCUGCGGGACCGCGAGCGCUUCAAGGCCCAGGAGAUGGAGAAGCACCAGGUCCAGCUGACCAUGUACCGGCGGCUGGCGCUGAUCCGCUGGGUCCGGACCCUGCAGGGACGAGUCCAGGAGCAGCAGAACCGGCUGCAGUCCAGCUUUGACGUCAUCCUCACCCACAGGAAGGAGCUGCUGAGGAUGGGCGCCGCCGCCGCCAUGACCGCCACCGCCGUCGGCCAAUCGUAGAGCAGAGGACUGAAAACUGCACUUUGGCUCCGUUUGCUUCACAAAAGAUCCUGAAAAAACACGAGCUGCGUUCCAAACUUUUACUUUUUACCUCCAGCAGAGCCGCUUUCACAAACGUGCAGUCCGUUAAAGUACAACCAGGACAAAAUACUUCAUCACAACAUCACUACUUCUGCUCUGACUUUAGCGCUAAAGCUGUUAGCCGUUAAUGCGCUCUUUUAGCUAAAACUUCUUUCUGCUCGCUAAACAUGAGGAGGUAAAAGUGCAAAGGAUUGUGGGUCAGAAAGGCUAGAAAAGCACCACCAGAUGUAGUACAGUCUGAGAAAUUACUGCAUCAAAUAUCAGAAAAAUGUACUUUAUCCUGUAACUAAAGAAUCAACUGUUAGCUAACAACGUGUGCUAUAGCUUCCCAAAGCUAACUCGCUACGCUAGCUAACAUCAGCAACAAGCAGCGAGAAUGUUACGCAAACUCUAAAAACAACAAACAGUUGAGAUCCAACAACUUCUAAUGAAAUUUAGUUCAACAAACAAACUAACCUGAUUUUGAGGAAUUAGCGUUUUCUCUACAUUCAAAGUUAUUUUGAUUGUUUACGUUGAUUAUGUGUGAAAAUUAAAUAGUUCCAACUAAUAUUUCCACAUUAUUGGAGCAUGAAGUGUAACUACAAUAAUUAUGAUUGCAAGUUUAUAAGUUGGAAAACGUCUCAAAUAUGAAGCUGCUCCAAAGUUAAGCCAAUAAAGGAGAAGUUCUGAACCCAACAUGAAGAAAAAUGAAGCGCAUUUCAUUCAGAUAUUUAAAGUAGAAUUUAGUUUUAAAUAAACUAAAGCAGAAAUUUGAGUUUAAAUUACAAACAAUAUUAAGUUGAUGUGAUGUUAUUGUGUCAUAAUGACUCAUUAAAAUAAUGUUUGCAGCUUAAAUGUUUGAUCUAAAUCAGUAAAUUCGGUGUUUUAUCGUUUAGCGGUGCCGUUGUGAUCAGCUGUGUUGCAUCAUCUUAAUAUUAGACUGAAAUUUCUGCAUUAUUGAUUUAACGCUGGUGAAGGAACUUCAUUUCUGAAAUUUUCCUCAACUUAAAAGCUCUGUUUGUAAUUAUUGUAGUAAAGUACGUAAAGCUUAAGAAUUGUGUUCAAUCACGUGAAAAAAUUAGUUAGAGCGACUUCAUUUUUAAAAAACUUGUGUUUAUGCUAACAAUAAUUAAGUGAUUUAAAAUAUGUUUGUAAAAGAAAAGAUAAAUCUACCAACUCAAUAAAGUUAAUUUUAUUAGAAGUUGUCUGGACUCAAAAAGAUGAACUGAUUAAAGCAGUUUAAAUUAACUUUACUUUAAAUGUAAGUUCAUCAAGUUAACUUCAUUUUUCUUCACCUGAAGUUCACACGUUCAAGUUCCUGAAUUUAUCUAAUUAACAUUGAACCAACUUCAUUUUUUAAAUGUCAGCUUAGAAGCUUGUGUUCAUAAUUAUGGUAAUUAAAUGUGUUAAACUUAAGAAUUCCUCUCAAUGUGGAAGAACUGGUUGGAAGAAGUUAUUUUUUGAAGACUUGUGUUUAUGCUGCAAUCAUUAAUUUAAAACAUGCAGAAGAUAAAUCAAGUAACUGAAUAAAGUUUGUUGGUUGAACUAAACUUUAUUAGAAGUCGUCUGAACUCAAAAAGGUGAAUUGAUGCAAACUGUCUGUUGUAGCAGUGUGGAUCUCCCAUCAUGCUCUCUGCUGUUUUUAGCUUCAUUUGUGUGUUUUUGUUCAUUUUCCUCUUUAUCUGCAGGUUGGACUUUACCGUGUGACUCCAGCAGAACAACGUGACGUGUUCUGACUGUAACGUUCACAUCAGGAUGCUGUGUGUAAACGUUGUUGUUGUUGUUGUUGUUGUUGUGAGUAGAAAAACAUCUAAAGCACCAAAAUAUAUUGUCCAGAGAUGAUUUAUAUGCUAAGAUGCUGUAUAUAAUGAUGAUAAAUUAAAGAGUAGCUUAUAUCUAAAA